AUGCCUCUGAGAAGGUCAAAUCGUCGGAAAAUCAAUGAGCCGGCACCUGAAUCGACACAGGAUGCACCCGCAACACCCGCCUAUAGUAAACGUCAGCGAAUAUCAACAAGACCAUUUGAGCAAGGUGUUAACCCAAUUACUCCGCCAUCAACAGCUCGUUGUCCUUCAUUGAGACCACCUGCAAGCCAAGCCACAGAGGCAGAGGAGGCAUUGUUUGUGCACGAGGACUCUGAGAUAAGAGGCGCUGAGGAUGAUGACAAUGAUGCCGGAGGAGGAGAUAAAGGAGACCCCAACCCGGAGGAGGUAGAGAAUGAUGCAGAAGUUCUUGCCGAGGUUGACAAUGGACCUGUGGAGGAGUCAGCUGCUGCUUUUUCUGAGCCUGAGCAUGAGACUGUGGCAACUCUACGGUACCGCGCAACCUUCAGCGACAUCGAGAAGAACCCUAUACACUCAGCAGCAGACGCUCACCCUGACUACAAGGUCGACAACCUCACAAUGACUGGCCUCUGGUUGUGGGUUGACGAGGUUAUUGAGAGCCAAACAGGUUGCCGCCUCAACGUCGGGGUGGCAAGUCUUGUUGCAGAAUUGUGGUACGGCAGAGGUGCUAAUAGGCGCGAUAGACCUCAAAAGCGGCUACGACAAGGCAGCGUACAAGACAUCUACGACCUGAAGGACUUAGCAAAGUCAAUUGACCUCGACACCAGCGAGAAGCUUACCAUCGAUUUCAACCUGUACCUCAUUGGCGACCUUAUACCCGCAUCACAACUUGCUUCUCAGCUGCCUCAACGCUCAUCCCAACCACGUGCUCGGACUGCCACGGCUAUACAAGAAGAGGGACUGGAGGGUGUAGUUGCUGCACAGUUGAUGGGAGCUGGCGCUACGCUUGCUAUAAAGGACACCUGGCGUUGUGAGAAGAAGGAGUGCUCCAACUGGCUAUGGUGUUGCUGGCGGCCGCGUACUGGCUUACCUGAUGAGCAGCACUACCCAGUCAACCCAAAUAUUAUUGCAAUGUGGGCAAAAUCUGUCGAACAGCGACAGUGUACUACUGUACAAGAGCCAAACGAUUGCGUCAAGUCUGCAAUAAUGAGAGCUCGCGAGCGGAGCGAGGUGGACAAAGUGAGGAAGCAGCAGCAGCAAAGUACAGGUGAUGGAGUACUAGAGGAGGUGCGGGAGCUGCAGAAAUCGGUGUUGAUGGCUCAAUUAUCGCAGCUCAAUAGUGGCUUGGUGGCACAGUCUACUCCGGCUGGUUGGCAGCCAUUUGAGUAUGAGUUUUGGGCAGAGAUUCUUGCUCAUACUGACAACUUCUUUGCUUACUUUAGAGAGAAGUGGGAUGUUUCUGGAGCACAAGAACUCAUUGACGAAGUUGAACAGAAGGUUGUGAAAGAUGGUCAUAUUGAUAUCAAUAUGUUGAUGGACAAGAGCAGCGAGAAUGGUGUCUCGAUGGAGUUGUGGGUUGAUCACUUUGACUUAAGACCUGGCGUACUUCUCCAGCUUUGGCGACACGCUCUUCGAUGGAGAAAAACUUACAAUGGACUCAGCGGUGACGACUUUGAGAAGAUUGCUACUGCGAGGCGGCAGCAGCAAGAGCACUUAAACUGCAGGUCACCGUUGAGCGACAUCUAAUGGUGAUGACGGACAAGGCAAACUCCUAU